AUGACGGCACCGACGAUGCAGCAACCAGCCAUCCCUCCUCGUCCGUCCAAAAGCCCGGCCAAGGACCUCUUGGCCGCCACCUCGACUCCUCUGGUCCCGCCGCGUCCGACCAACAAGCGCAUUGACCGCUCAAAGUCGCCCAACCCCGAUCGAUUCGCCCAAUCGCCUUUUACCGAUGGCCUCAUAAGCCCUCUUGCGGCUCAGUUCAGCCCGAGUGACCGCAGCGGCGACGAUGACCACCCCGACAGCGUGCCGAUGCCCUCGGUUGGCGAAGAGGGCCUGGAAUACAGCGUCAUCACCGCUGAGCUCAAGGGAGAGGGCACCGAGGACCCCGAGCAGACUCGUUCCGUCGCCCAGGACCUCAAGCUGCACGCACCUAAGCCGUCCCUGCCUGCCUCGAGUGCUAAAGAACGACUCCAGACCGUCACCCGAACCGACUCGGACAAAGCUGCCUCGUUUGGCAUUGGAAAGCCUGGAUACUUUGAGGGGCGAUCGGCCUCCCGAAAUGGCUUGAAGAAGAAGUCUAGCACAAGCUUCUCCACCACCAGCGAGCAAGAGCAUCAGCUCGAUGAUGAGCAUGGCAUCCCCGAAAUCGGCCAGCGAGUCCCCAUGAAUCCGCACCUGGGAGACGUCCAAGCGCCGUCACCUGCCCCAGGCUCGGACGGAAACGGCAAGAAUCACAGUCGCAGGCACAGCUCCCGUGGUCUCCCCCCUGGAAGCUAUGGAAUGCACGGCCAUGGUGUCGAGUCGCAAGACGAACUUGAUAAAGCCUACUACAAGAAGCACCCCGAACUGUUGCAGAGAGAGCAUCACACUCCGAUACACGAUCGCCAGAAUGACUUUGCCAUGAGCAGUAAUGACCUCAACAAGCUGGUCCGAGAGACCAAGCGUAGAUCUGGCAUAGAUUUCGAGGAAUAUAGAGGAACCCCCAAUGAUGAGGUUGCUUUCCAGGCUCACGAGGAGUAUGCUAGCCGAAUGGCCACUCCACGCCCCGUCUCCAUCGUCUUGGAUGGAAGUGUUCCGCUAGAAGACCCUGGAGCGUCUGAAGACAAACCUAUCCAUGUAGACGACCCCAAGCACCCAGAGCAAUAUUCUUAUGGUGCCGAAAGCCCCGUUGAAUCUCACGGGCACGAAUUUGAGGCACCGAUCCUUGCUGCGGACGAGAUCGAAAAGGAUGUUCAGCAGCCCGCACAACACCCGGCUAUUCGCCCGCACCUUGACCGCAAUAGCAGCUCGUACGAUGGCACAAGCCGUCCGACUAGUCGCCCAAGCAGCCGCCCGACGAGCAUCUACAACGCUCUUUCCGGUCACGAAUUUGACUCCACUCCACUGGAAGAUGUGCGUGAGUACGAGCCUCUGUUCGACGAUGAGGCCGCAAAGAAGGAGGAAGAGCAAAAGCGUGAGAGCAAAAACGGAUCCAAAGCACGCCACUACUUCCCCAGCAAAGAUGUUUGGGAGGAUGCGCCCACCAGCGUUCAUUACACCGCCGAGGUAUCAACCCCUGACAAUGUGGAGGAGGAGGAAGACCAGCAGCGAAGGAAGUCGUCGCAGCACCACGAAAAUCGCCCCAUGACUCCGGCGCAGGUGUUUGCCAUGCAACAAGAAGAGCUCGCGGAGAAGGAGGCAAAUGGGAAAAAGCACAACUUCUUGCCCAUUCUGGAACAUAAGCCGUCUUGGGUGGAUCACCAGCCCCAUUUGAAGACUGGAAAGCCAAACCGGUUCCCGAGCAAAGAUGUGUGGGAAGACACUCCAGAGAGUCUUUUGUAUGAGGCCGAGGUUGAAGAAAAACCAAGGGACGAGAAGAAGCCUGAAGUUCCCGCUCGACCCUCCAAGAAAUUGGCCGAAUUGCUGUCACACAAGCCUGCUGCACCCGAACGGCCAAAGUCAAAACCACAAGUUGGGGCUGCCAGCGAAGAUGCGACCAAGCCGACAAUACCUGUUCGGCCUGUGAAGAAGCUUUCGGGCGACUCAAAGGAUGCGGACGCCCCCAAGCCGAAGCCCCCUGUUCCAUCUCGCCCUGCUGGUGGCAAGAUCGCCGCGCUUCAAGCUGGCUUCAUGAGCGACCUGAAUAAGCGUCUGCAGCUUGGACCUCAGCCCUCAAAGAAGGAAGAGGCAGAGAAGAGUCAACCUGCGGAGGAAAAGGAAAAGGUUCCGCUAUCCGAUGCUAGAAAGGGUCGGGCUAGAGGACCGCAGCGCCGUGCUCCAACCCAGAGCGCGGCUCCGGCUCCCGCCCCUGCUGCGGCGAAAGAAGCCACGCCUGUCUCCCUCUCCGUUUCUCAGCCACAGACAAUUUGGAACAUUGAUCCCGAACAUGGCCAUGUUAAUGUCGCCUCUGAUUCUCUCGAGGUCCCUCUAAAGGAAACUUCUGAAGCUGUAGUAGAAUCAGAAAAGCUACCGCCACCGCCAACGGAGAAUGAGAAGCCUACUGAACCAGAGGCGCCUAAAGUGGAAGAGGAGAAGCAGCCGGAGCCUCUUGUCCCGCCGGUAGAAACCGAAACCCCCAAGGAAUCUGUUGAGCCCUCCGCUCCUGCAGAGCCUGCAGCAUCUGAGACAGUGCCGGCGCCGGCGCCGGCGCCAGAACCUGUGGCUGAAUCUGAAGAAGUCAAGGCCCUCGAAAGCGCCAAAGAGCCUGAAAAGGUUGAAGAGCCCGAGGAGGUCAAGGAGCCGGAGACUGUAGAACCUGAGAAGCAAAAGCUGGAGGAAACCGCAAAGUCAGAUGAGCCUGUGAAGGAAGAAACACUUGCGACCAACAUGGCUGGCGAGAGCAUCUUGGAGGCCAAAGUGGAGCAGAAGGACGAUAAGGUAGAGCCGGUCGAGGUGAAGGAUGAGGUAAAGUCUUAG